AUGGCUUGUGGAGCAUUACUAUUUGUUGCUUUGUUAAGUUUGAUUGUUGGGAGCUGGUGCCUCCCAGAAAACGCAGAACUUAAAGAUUUCGGUGGCCCUCCAAGUAACACUGAGAAAAAGGGAAAUAGAUGGGCUGUUCUAGUUGCUGGGUCAAAUGAAUACUACAACUAUAGACACCAGGCUGAUAUAUGCCAUGCAUACCAGAUACUGAAGAAAGGCGGACUGAAAGAUGAGAACAUCAUCGUUUUUAUGUACGAUGAUAUUGCAUACAACCCGGAAAAUCCUAGAAAAGGUGUCAUCAUCAACAAACCAAAUGGCCGUGAUGUUUAUAAAGGAGUUCCCAAGGAUUAUACAGGAACUGAUGUUAAUCCAAACAAUUUCUAUAAUGUUAUUCUUGGAAACAAAAGUGCUCUCACUGGAGGGAGUGGCAAGGUUCUGCGUAGCGGUCCAAAUGACCACGUUUUCAUAUAUUAUGCAGACCAUGGUUCUGCAGGAUUACUUGCUAUGCCUACUGAUGGCGAUUAUGUUUACGCUAUAGAUCUCAUACGUGUCCUGAAGAAGAAGCAUGCUUCUAGAGGUUUCAAAAGCAUGGUACUGUACGUUGAAGCUUGCGAGUCUGGGAGCAUGUUUGAUGGUAUCCUUCCGAGAAAUCUAAAUAUUUAUGCUACUACCGCGGCAAAUCCAGAAGAGAGCAGUUAUGGAACAUAUUGUCCUGGUGAAGAUCCUCGUGUUGCUGAAGAGUAUGGUACUUGUUUGGGAGACUUGUACAGUAUUUCCUGGAUGGAGGAUUGUGACAUAAGUGAUUCGCGCAAAGAAACUUUGCAGCAGCAGUAUGAAAGGGUUCGAAGAAGAACAAAUAAAUCUCAUGUUAUGCAGUACGGAGAUAUGAGUCGCAGACAGCAGUUCCUUGUCACUUACAUGGGUGGAUAUCUUUCUAAACGUAGUACUUCCACCAGCAAUAUCUCUUCACCCUUAAUCUCAAGGGCUGUUAACCAACGCGACACUAAGCUCCACUAUUUUCAGCACAAGUUGGGUAGAGCUCCGACUGGCUCUCAGGAGGAAUUGGAAGCUCGAAAGCAGCUACUCGAUGAAAUUGCUCAUCGGAAACAUGUGGACGAUAGCGUACAUAAAAUAGGGGAGCUUUUGUUUGGACGCCGGGAGAGCUCAAACAUGUUGAUGAAGGUUAGGCCGCGAGGGCAACCUCUAGUAGAUAACUGGGACUGCUUCAAGAAGCUUUUGAAGAUUUACGAGAAAUAUUGUGGACAUUUUUCUGCAUACGGAUUGAAAUACACGCGAGCUAUAGCCAACAUGUGCAACGCUGGGAUCACGGCAGAGAAAAUGGUUGUGGCGUCUGAUCAGACUUGUUCCAAGAAACCCCAUGUUUAGAACUUCCUU